AUGCCCCCCAAGCGGACAAAACGUGUCAAAAUAGCUCCCGCUUCAGUAUCAGAGUCUGGAUUCAAGAAUUUACCCGUAUUAGACCACACGUUUGCAUCAUCCACAACAACCGCAUCUCAAGGCUUCCUUGCAAUACCGAAUGAACUGGUAUCUCAGAUUCUCUCCUACUAUCCAGAAAUCAAAACUAUACAUAUUUUGAUGAAUCCUACGUUUAUCGGAAACUGGAAGGACGCAGAGAACUAUUUUGUGCGAUUUGAUGUUUUGCGUUCGCUGUCGCAACUCUGCCGACUGGCACGAGAUAUUUAUCUGCCGUUACUUUGGGAGCGUUUUCAAUAUCUGACAGACAAUGGAAAGGAAGAGUAA